AUGAACUUCAGCUCGCAUGCCCAUUGUGGCAGUCGCACUAGCAAAGAAAAUAUCCCACAUUCAAUCAAGCCAGAAGUAUCGCAGGUCCAGCGGCCCAAGCAGCGGACAGUGCUAGGUGUGCUGUCAGAAAAUGAGCAGCGUUGUCGAUCCCAAAGCCAGGGAAGUCAGUUCUCCAAGCACAGUUCAAUCUCAGACGGCUCCCAGCUCACCUUUCUCGGCUGUCCCUCUAGUUCCAGCUUUGAUGUGUAUGUGGAAGAGGCCUGUGAAGUUGUCCUCGCAGCCUCUGGUCAAGAAGUUGUCUCAAACAGCUAUUAUGAGGAUGCAGAGACUGCUGCACUGCAGAAUGAAGGUGUGAGACUGCUCCUGGAACUGAGUUCAAUUUCAUGCCAGGAUGUUUCUAUGCAGUCUGAAAAUGAUAAAUACCUGAUGUCAGAGCAGGUGCUGUGUGUUUCCCAGUACGCUCAGGACAUUCACUGGCACCUGAGGGAGAGUGAGAUAAGGUUAAGGCCAAGGUCUGGCUACUUAGACAAACAUCCAGAGAUCACCAUCAGCAUGCGGGUCAUCCUGGUGGACUGGCUGGCGGAAGUCGUAGAGGAAUAUCAGCUUCGUUCUGAGACUCUGCACCUCGCUGUCAACUAUUUGGACCGCUUUCUCUCCUGCACGGCGUGUGUGAAGCGGGGCAAGCUUCAGCUGGUUGGCACAGCUGCAUUAAUGAUUGCUGCAAAGUACGAGGAGAUCUCCCCUCCCGAGCUGAGUGAGUUUGUGUACACCACAGACAGCACCUACACUAAGAAGCAGCUGGUCCGGAUGGAGCAUGUUUUCCUCCGAGUGCUAGCUUUCAAGAUGGCAGCACCCACUAUAAACCAGUUCCUUCAGCUUUUCAUGUCCAUUCAGCCUCUGUGUGCCAACUCAGAGAAUCUUGCACAGUAUUUAGCAGAAUUAAGCCUGCUGGAAAUUGAUCCAUUCCUACAGUACAACCAAUCAACAGUGGCAGCUGCAGCGUACUGCCUAGGUAUCUACACUAUAAACAGAUCUCUCUGGCCUGAUUCCUUACAUUACUUUACCGGUUAUACCAUGGAUGAAAUUGUUCCUUGCCUGAAUGAACUGCACAAGCUGUACAUAAGUGCUGAGAGUCGCCCACAACAGGCCAUCAGGGAAAAGUACAAGAGUUCAAAGUAUUGUCGUGUGUCAUUGAUCACUCCGCCUGCUGUUCUACCUUUCCUAUGACUCACUGCCUCGCCCGUCCUCUGAAACUCCUGCCAGUCCAUAAUUAAAUAUGAGACAAAAUAUUAUACUGCCAGUCCCAUGAGGGCCAUACUCCACUGCACACUUUAAAACCUUAUUAUUAUUUAAUCUUUUACAGCUUCUUCAAAUACAAUAAAUUAAUAAAAAAAUCAUGCAUGAGUUUAGAAUUUGAAUCCAGGUGAACAUGCAAGGUUUUACAUUCUGGUAAGUGAUUCAAUGUAAUUGUUUUAUAUAUAUUUUAUUUAAAAAAUACUUUUUUUCAGAAUAAUGCUGUCUUUAAAGUUUAAAUCACAACAUCCUCCAUAUUUGAUAGUCUCUAAUAUAUGCACAAAGUAUUAUAAAGUCAUUUUUGUAAGCUUUGGGCUACCUGCAUAUUUGUAUAACUUUUUCAGCCAUAGGCCUAUGUAUUUGAGCGAAAGAUAACACAUUACAAAAGCAAGCGAGUUGAAUGUUAUAUAUUGCUGUUCCUAUAAAUAAAGUUUCGAACUCUUGAUUUAUAAACAUUGUAA